AUGAAUUCCACCACGACAAAAAUAAGACCGGUUUUCGAUGGAUCCGUAAGAACUAAAGGAUCACCUUCCGUAAAUGACUGUUUGGAAAAGGGUCCAAAUUUGAUUGAUACUGUUCCAGCUAUAAUAAAUAGAUUUCGACUGGGAAAAAUUGGCGUGAGCGCUGAUAUUAAGAAGGCUUUUCUGCAGAUAGCACUUAAUCCUAAAGACAGAGAUUAUUUAAGAUUUUUAUGGUGGGAACAGGGAAAUUCUGAGCGUUUGAAAAUAUACAGGCAUAGAAGAGUGGUCUUUGGAAUAACCAGCAGUCCAUUUCUCUUAAAUGCAACACUAACGAAAUUAAUGAAUGAAGUACCAGAAAAUUAUCGUGCGAGUGCUAAUAAAUUAGUAGAAUCCUGGUACGUUGAUAAUUUAGUUACAAGUGUGAAUGAUGAAUCAGAAUUAAAGAAGUUAAAAAAUGAUGCCACUGAAAUUUUGGCAAGUGCUAAAUUUGAAUUACAAGAGUGGGCAUAUAACUAUCCUCGAAAUAAAAGGGAUGCAUUUGUUGUUGAACCCAUUUUAGAACAGUCGAAGCUUGAUAAAUUAAAUGAGAAUGAGUUUUUCGAUGAUCCUUUUCAAGCACGAUCUAGAGUUGCUCCUCUAAAACCCACAUCAAUUUGUAGACUAGAAUUAUUAGCUUGUGUUGUUGGUGCAAGAUUAAUGAAAUCUAUAAAACAAGAUUUGAAGGAAGAAAAUAUACCUACGUUUUAUUGGACAGAUUCAAGGAACACAUUGUACUGGAUUAAGAAUGAAGAAAAUUGGGGUGUAUUUGUUAUGAAUAGAGUGAAAGAAAUACGAGCUCUUACUAAUCCUGAUGCAUGGAAUUAUGUUCCUGGCAACUUGAAUCCUGCGGAUAUUCCGUCAAGAGGAUGUUCUGUUGAAACUAUUAAAGCCAAAAGAUGGCAUGAAGGUCCAGCAUGGUUGAAGUUGAAUCCAGACUGUUGGCCUACUUGUGAUAUUUCUCCUGACAAAGAUAUGAUUGAUCGAGAAAGAAGAAAAACAGUUGUAUCCUCGUUAACAAAUGUAGAUGAAGAAUUUUCGCAUUUCUCACGAAUUUCUUCUUUUGAGAAAAUAAUUAGAGUUACAGCCUGGAUAAAAAGGUAUAUUGAUAACUGCAGAGAUAAAAACAGAACAACGUCAAAGAACUUAGAAAUCGAAGAAUUGAAUGCAGCUGAAGUCCUUGUUUGGAAAAUUGUGCAAAGGGUCUCCUUUAAAACAGAAAAGGAUAAACGCUUACGAAAUUUAAAACCAUUUGUUGAUUCAUCUGGUCUUUUAAGAGUAAAGUCAAGAAUAUUAAUGAGACAAGACUUCGAAAAUUUUAGAACACCUGUAAUCCUACCUCCUGAACAUCCAGUUGUCUCUAAACUGAUUAUGGAAAAACAUGAACAACAAAUGCAUUGCGGAACUCAGACUUUAAUGGCAAUGCUACGAGAAAAUUUCUGGAUUUUGAAAAGUCGUAAAACUAUUCGUAAAGUGUUGAAAAACUGCACUAAAUGUAGAAGAUUUGAUUCGAGGCCCUCCACGGUACAAUCCGCACCUUUGCCAAAGGACCGUGUUAAAGAUUCUUCUAUUUUUGAAGUGACAGGUAUCGACUUAGCUGGCCCUUUGUUUUUAAAAAAUGGAUCGAAAACGUGGAUCGUUUUAUUUACAUGUGCUGUAUACAGGGCAAUUCAUCUUGAACUUUUAACGUCUUUGUCAACAGAUAACUUUUUAUUGGCUUUCCGACGUUUUAUAGCACGCAGAGGAAGACCUGAAAUUGUCUACACUGAUAACGGUAGUAAUUUUAUUGGUACAAAUUCGCUCUUAAAAAUGAUUGACUGGGAUAAACUUAUUAAAAAUCAUGUUGUCAACCGCAUUAAGUGGAAAUUUAUCCCACCAGCUUCUCCCUGGUGGGGUGGAUUUUGGGAAAGAAUGAUUGGCCUGAUGAAAAACAUUCUCAGAAAAGUUUUAGAGAAAUAUGUUAAACUAUCGGUUGGAGACAUUGUGUUAAUAGAAACACCUGAGAAAAGAAUUAAGUGGCCUCUAGGAAAAAUUAUAACACUCAUCCCAGGAAAUGAUGGCGUAGUUCGUUUAGUAAAAUUACGCACCAAAAGUGGCGAAAUCCUUCGACCCAUACAACGAAUUUAUCCGUUGGAAGUCCAUUUACAAACGGAUAAUAUAGGAGACUGUUUGAGAAAGAAGCAUUCUGAUCAAAAUUUGUGUGAUAAGCCUACAACUUCUAUUGGAUCUACAGAGUUUCGUGCCACUGACAAAGAUCAGUCAAAUGAACUCAAUCAAAAUCCCCUCAAAACAACUAGAUGUGGACGAGUGAUUCGAACUCCUGAACGAUUAAACCUCAUGAACUUUCAACCAGACUGUGGCUGA